GCCAGGUGUCACAAUCAGCCUCUCGCUGGCUCCUCUCCCCGCCCCUAAAAGAUGGCAGUGCGGAAACGGAAGAGACUGCAGGGCCGGGAAGCCUCUCUUUAGGCCGCUCGCCGCGAUGCCGAGCCCCCGGAGGAACACCGAAGGACGCCCGCUGAGCGCCUCCGCCUCGAGCAGCAGCAGCAGCCCCGGCAGCCCGGCCCAUGGCGGCGGCGGCGCCGGCAGGUUCGAGUUCCAGUCCCUGCUCAGCAGCCGGGCGCCGGGAGUCGACUCUACCUGCGCCCGGCUCCGCGCGUCCGAGAGCCCGGUGCACCGCCGCGGCUCCUUUCCCCUGGCUGGGACCGGGCCAUCGCAGGCGCCCCCGCCCGCGCUACCCGAGGAUGACCGCAUGGACCUAAACCCGUCCUUCCUGGGCAUCGCUCUGCGCUCCCUGCUGGCCAUCGACUUGUGGCUGUCCAAGAAGCUGGGGGUGUGCGCGGGGGAGAACUCGUCGUGGGGCAGCAUGCGGCCCCUUAUGAAGCUGCUGGAGAUCUCCGGACACGGCAUCCCCUGGCUGCUGGGCACCCUCUACGGCCUGUUCAGAAGCGACAGCUGGGCCGGGCGCGAGGUGCUGAUGAACCUGCUCUUCGCCCUGCUGCUGGACCUGCUCCUGGUGACCGUGAUCAAGGCGCUGGUCCGUAGGCGCCGCCCGGCCCACAACCAAAUGGACAUGUUUGUGACCCUCUCGGUGGACAAGUACUCCUUCCCCUCGGGCCAUGCCAGCAGGGCUGCCCUGAUGUCGCGGUUCAUCCUGAACCACCUGGUGCUGGCCAUUCCACUGAGGGUGCUGACAGUACUGUGGGCCUUCAUCGUGGGCCUCUCCAGGGUCAUGCUGGGGCGGCACAAUGUCACCGACGUAGCUUUUGGCUUUUUUCUGGGCUACAUGCAAUACAGCAUCGUGGACUAUUGCUGGCUCUCACCGCACAAUGCUCCGGCCCUCUUUGUACUGUGGAACCAACAAUGACACCAUCUCAUUCCUUAUGGCACCAGGAGAUCUGAAGGUUUUCACAUGCGACAAUGCCGACAUAAACCAGCAGUCAUCCCGCUUGUCCCUCUUAAGACGUUUCAGGCUUCCUUUGGGAUUUCAGGCAUCCUACCAUCUUCAUGGGUUGUGAAGUUGGAGUAUGUGCUGGCCAUUACUGAUCACAGCCAUAUUAUGGAAAGCAAAAAAGAUCCCUCUACUAUGUAUUUAUUCAACAUUUAUAUCUCCAGGACAACUGCAAAGAAACCAAGCUGGGGUGAUUAUAAUGUUGCUGUGUUUUUAAAAGUUGACCUCAGUAAAAUUUGUGUUUUCUAGUAAUCCUGCAAAUCAACAUAUCACUUCUAAAUUGAACUUUGAAAACGAAACACCAUCUUCAUUCUGUAAAUAUACAUGCAGAUAAGCCACGUACUGAUCCUAGUUCUUUUCCUAAGGUAUAUUUUAAGCAGUAUUUUAAAAGUCUAAGACAUAGGUUUUUCUAAUUUAUUCUCUGAAGAUCUGUUGCCACAGUUGGGGAGAUUUCCUCUUAAUCCUGAUUUGCUUAGUGUGCUUUUUCAGUUUAUUGUCUCUUCUGGUAGUGAGAAGAGAGAUUAUAGUACAUAUCUUUCUUUUCCCUCUAAAUCCUCAAAAGAUCUGCAAAUAGAUAUUUAUUUGCCACUACUCUCUAAUAAUGUCUUUUAGCAUUCAGAGAACAAGCCAAGAACUUACUUGAAGAAGAAACGCUUAAAGGUGGGCAUACCUACAGUCCCCAUAGAAAAGGAAGGAUGGAACUCUGGCUUCAUGCUUAAUUCUGCUGAUAACCAAUAGCAUGACACGACAGAGGGAGGAAAGCUAAGUGGCUGAGGAGGCCAGAGGAACUGAGAGUUGGGCAGCAUGUCAUCCUGUCAAUGGACCAGUAUGGCAGGAGAUGGGGCCUGCUGCCCAUCAUCUCUACUGAAUAAAGUAUAAUGCUCUUCUAUUGGGGUAAUAAAAUGGGGAAAUGAUGUGAUUAUUUGCAAUGCAAAAGCAUAAGCUUUCUCAUAUAUACCACAAGGAUGACCUUGUAUAUUAUAGUUUUUCAUAUGGAAUUCCGUUUCCCUGUAUACAGCACACUUUAGGUAAAUUCAUCAGGGGCAAUCUGCUGCUAUACCAGGCACAAAGUAUAAAUAACUCCUAAAUUUCUGUUUACAUUGACCUUUACAUUUAAAGCAGUUUAUCCGUGGUGCCUCCCCAAAUCACAAGACCAAAGACCACCAAAUAUAGGGUGGACCCUUCAUUAUUCUUUGAUCAGGAAACACCAAAAAGGGCAUGUGCUUUAAAUGCUGCUCUACCUGAAAAUAAGAACCUUUAAAUUACCUGUGGAACUGGAGUCUUCAGAUAAUCUUAAUGAUCAAUUAUUUUGACAUUUAUAAAUAGAAAGCAUUAUGGCCUUUGAUCUGUCAUAUAGAGCUGCACAUAGAAAUCCUGAGAAUGGCUGCGACAAGUAGGCUCUGAUUGGGUGGAAGUGUGAACUAUCUGAGUGUGAGAGGCACAAUGAAAGAGGAAAAGCUACUCCUUAAAAGAAAAUAAAAUCAUUUACAUUCCCAUAACAUCCUGAACACAGACUACCUCUUCACUUCCUGAAUCAGCCAAACCGUGAAGGUCUGAUUGGUUUGCUUUAUUGUUUCGCCUUUAUUUUAAUUGCAGCAAUAUUCAGCACAGAUAUUUGGGAGCAAUGAUAUAUCCUCUUGCAGUGUCCACAAGUCUGAAUACUAGGGGCUCAAAAUUAGGCUCACUUUCUGGUUCCUGGUUCUACUUCUGGAAUUCCCUGUCUUAGUUGCUGAGCCUGAGUUUGCUGGUUUUUCAAGCACAGAUCAAUUCACCUGCUGUUUUUGGAGCAUCGUAAGUACUGUAAAGUGGAAAACUGAUUUCACUGUUAAUUAAUUGUACACUGAAGAAUGCCUUUUAAAAAUCAAAAUAAAAUUAACCAAUAAUGUUGAA